UUACUCAUAGACUGUAUACUUUUUACUUUUUACUCUGCGUGUUUUCGCCCAUUGCGCGCGCGACUUCUGACUCUGAAGUUAUGUAUUGUCCGCGUUGUGGGAAGACAUUUCAGUCACUUCAACAUUUUUGCAGUUCUUGUGGACAGUCAUUGGCUGCAUUAGAAGAAACUAAACAUGAACCGGACUUCAGUGGCCCGAUUCCAGCUGCUGCCCCAAAAAUGCCAUCCCUGAAAACUUUCCUCGAGUACAGAAGUAAGAAGUCAGACGAAAGGCUUAAUUUCUCUUGCCAGAAGAGAAAAGUGAAGAAGAAAGAACAGACAAGUAAAGUACAGAUAAAUAUUGGAAUCAUGUCUCUUCAAAAGAACAUCAUGAAACCUGUCAGAGGGAAAACUCUUCCACUGAUUCUGGAUCCUGACACUGACGCAGCUGGGUUGCAUGGAUUGGCAGUCAAGAAGAUGACUGACUUUAAUUCGGAUAUGGAUGAGGGCCCCUAUGUCCUCAUUUACCCAGACACAUCAGAAGUAAUUAAUAUUCCUGGUACUUCAACGCCAUUUAAUCUGAGAGAGUAUAAAAUGGAAAUAGGGAAGACCUACAACCGAAUUGCUCUCUUUAUAUGUCUUGAAUCUGAUUAUGACAAAGGUGAACAACAAGAUGCAUCAGACUCUGAUCGGGAAGUCUUCGUGAGACGCAACAGAGGGACUGAGGUUGACCUUGCUGACACACUGCCCUGGGAACCUGAGCAUGAAAGUACUCCAAAAAGCACUGCAGAGAAAACAAGGGCAUCAUAUCAGAGUGAAAAGGAAGAGAUACUCAUUUCGGACACUGAUGACCCCAAUGAGGGCACUUCUCAAAGUUGGAGGAACACUGCUACAAGUGUUCCAGAUACCCCUUCCAACAUGACUGCUGUGAGGUCCACUGUCAACCCAUUGUACAGCACAUACACACAGUUGUAUGCUCCCAUUGCAAUUGAUGAAGAUGAGGACGGGAGUCAAGAUUUCAAUGUUGUGCCCAUAAGCGCUGACCCUGCAAAGGAAGCUGUGGACACAAGUAUAUCUGCAGCCCAUAUUAUUGAAAACUUAGCAGAUGCCAUAGACCACAACACUGUCAGCAGAUUCAACAUAACUCGCACAAAUGUUUGGGAUGGAGCUGUCAGAGGGUUCAGACGUUCAACCUUCUGUGAAAAGUCUGACUUGCUUGUGAGGUUCACGGAUGAUGCAGGCUCUGUGGAAGAAGGAAUAGACGCAGGUGGACCAAGGCGAGAAUUUCUGACACUCCUCAUGAGCUUUUUGCAGUCUCGGCCUAUUUUUGAGGGACCUCCACAGAGUCGGUACUUGGUGUACAAUGCUGCAGCAAUCAGGGAGGAUGAAUAUUUCAUGGCAGGGAAGAUGAUAGCCGUGUCCAUUGUUCAUGGAGGACCAGGCCCACAUUUUCUUUCAAGGGACCUGGUGAACCACAUAGCUGGACAGCCUGGUUUCUGUGCACAUGUGACGGAUGUGACAGAUGAUGAGAUAGGGAGAGCUCUCAGUGAGAUUGAGUUGGCACAUUCUCUGAAGUCUCUGCAAGAUGUGUUACUGAAACACAGCUCCAUGCUUCAGACUGCUGGCUGCUUCAGGCAUGUCAGCUCCGUUGAAGAAAAACACACUGUGGUGGCAGAAUACCUUACCUGGUACACCAUCGGCAGGAAUCACAGUGUAAUUGAAAGAUUCAAAGAUGGACUGGCUAGCCUAAACUUUUUGGAUGCCCUUUGCCAACAUCCGAGUGUACUGGCUCCAGUGCUGUGUCAUACGGACAAGAGGCUGACUUCAGUUGAAGUGGAACGACUCUUCUUACCACAGCUCAGUCCAGCAGGGAGCAACAGGAGGACUACAGAAACCGUGGCACUCAGCUUCUGGGCAGACUAUCUGAUGGACUGUGAAGAACAAGGACCAGUGUCACUGGAGGAGUUAUUCAUGUUCAUCACCGGCCUGAAGACAGAACCCCCUGCAGGAAUGACACCCCAUCCAUGUGUCACGUUUUCACAGGAGACUAUCUAUCCCAUGGCAAACACCUGUGCAAACACCAUAACACUUCCACUACUAGGAACGUACGCUAGUUUCAAAGCCAAUAUGGACUUUGGCAUCCAAAACUCCCCAGGUUUUGGAUGUCUGUGAAAUGGUAAAAGAAAAGGGGUAGAACACCAUCACUGCAAUAUAGCUUUUUGGAGUUUUAUAAACGUGUAGAGUUCCUCAUGUUUGAGGAAAAAUAUGUUUCAUACAGCGGUUUCAGAGUUUUCUUUAGACGUCUAAAAAGACAACGUUAUUAGUAGUGCUAAUAUAUGUUUAAGGAAAACAAUACUGUUUUGCAGCGUUUUCACAAGAAUAAACGUUUAUUUUCUUAAAUGCAAAUAAAUCACUGUUUCCCAAAUCC